GUCGAAUGUUGAUUGUGCAAAAGGACUGUUUCAACAACAGUCAAUGUCUACAACAUGGCCUCAACGACGCGUAAACCAAUUCUCAUCUCUGGCGCGGGACUCGCAUCUCUCCUACUAGCCCGAUCUCUACUCCGAAGCUCCAUUCCAUUCUUAAUUUUCGAACGAGAUCAAUCCAUCUCAUUCCGCGGUCAAGGCUACCGACUCCGACUCUCCGCAGAAGGACUCGAUGCAAUUGAAAACGUGCUAGGUCCCGGUCCCACCGGAUUCCCACGAUUUUGGGAUAAAUGUGGCAAAACGGGCGGCGCGAGAGGUUUUGGGGCCAUCGACGCUCUCUCCGGCGAAGACAUUACCGAUAUGUUGGAGAAAGAAAAAGAGAAAGAACCGGAGAACAAGUCCAAACCAUCCAAGGACAUGUUAUCCUCUCGCGAUGGAAAAACGAUCGGAAUUUCCCGUGGAGACAUGCGAGCAUUGUUCCUCGAAGGUUGUGAGCCGUAUGUGAAAUUUGGCCAUCAAGUCACCGGGUACGAGUCCACCUCCAACGGGGUCCACGCGGUCUUUAAAGAUGGUUCCAAAUCCGUCGAAGGAGAUAUGCUCGUCGCCGGCGACGGAAUCUACUCCAAAAUUGCCAAACAAGUCUCAGACGGCAAGCUCAAAACUUUCGACACAGGAGCCAGAGGAAUUCACGGUCAAGCCCCAACAACAGCAUUCAAGCAGCUCGGAGAAGGUGUCUGGAGAAUUCUCGACAACUCCAACCCCAACGGCAAAGUCUUUGUCAUCACCAACGUGCGACCAGGCGACAUGGACGACGAAAGUCUCGAAUUCGGCUGGACAAUGGCCGGGCAGCCGGGCGUCAUCAAGCCCGCCAACGACGACAAUGUUGCCGCCAUGAUUGGGAAACCCGCAGCCGAAAUUGCAAAAACCCUCACAGCAAAAUGGCAUCCCCGCGUGAAAUCGCUCUUUACACAGAUGAACGACUCUGAGGCGGCGUUUUGGAAAAUUACUUGCUCGACACCGAGUGGAGUGCCCGAAUGGACGAAUGCGUCCCGGGUCACGGUGAUGGGAGAUGCCGCUCAUUCCAUGACCCCGGCGGGGGGGAUCGGUGCAAAUACGGCCGUGCGAGAUUCUGCAUUGCUCGGGAAACUGCUCUCUGAAGCAGGAGGCUGGACAGAGGGGAUUACGGCAGCCUACGAGAAGGAAAUGCGAAUAUACGCGAGUGAGGCUGUUGCUACCAGCUAUGCCAUGGCUACGAGCCAAUUCGGUGUCACAAUCGACGAGAAAACAUCGCCAGUCGUUGGUUAGACCAUCCCAGGCACAUCAACAAAAUAUCUCAGUUGCCAAUAGUUGCAUCACGGCCUUACUGUAUUGUGGGAACUACGUAAACCAUUUCUACACAUACAUGUACUCAAUAUUUUGCUAUAGAAUAAAAUAUAGAGUUUUUUCUUCCACCAUGGGAGAAGAGUUUGUCACGAAAGCGGAUCGUGUUCUGUCAAGUGCACACCUACUACAUAUCGCUGGAACCUCGAGAAUCCAUAUGCGGUGUACAGGGAAAUCAUGUGUCAAUUGCCCCGCAGCUAUUUGUUACCCACGAUGCCGUUGUGAACUCCGCUCUUGAGGUCCACAUCUCGAAGAGAAUUCGUAAUGUGAGCAACAGGGGCAGAUCCGGCCGACUCUCCAACCUGUGGCGUUGCGAGAACUUUGUCGGAUGUCUGUGGAUCAUCGAGAUGAUUGCCGACGACGUUGUUGUGAACUCCCGAGCUAAGGUCAGGAUGAGCCAGCGAUGAGCUGAAGUUCGAUUGGGGUUCGUUAACAGGGUUGGAAUGGGAUGUCGAAUUCACCGGAGUAUUCUCGUCGAUGCUUCUCUGUGUAGUUUGCGGAAGCACGGAGACUGGGUUCGUGCCGGUGACCUGAGCUGCCUUUUCACCAGCUGCUGCAAUUCCUCCUGAGAUAGUCUCGCGAAUGUUGGCAGCCGCGCCACUGCCUGCACUUUGCUGUGGAACUUCUCUCUUCAGCUCUUGCUCGAGUAGAGUCUUGUCCUUCACAGCCUCUGCGUUCGCCGAUGCUUCCGGAGACACACCGGCCUUUUGUUGACUGUCCACAACCACACCAGGCACAUCUCCUGUCUGGAGUGACGAGUUUGGCUGAAUGUGUUCCCCAUCGAUAGCUUUCUGUGCUGUGACGGGAAGAACAGACACCGGGUCGGUUCCCGUGGUCUCGCGGGUGGCGUUGCGAGCCGAUGUGGCAGCGCUCGCGACAGCAGCAGUGGCAGCAGCCACGCCCCCAGAGACAGCUGCGCCCAAGUUGGCGGCCGUGCUAUCAUGGCUACUCUGUUUUGGUACCUCAUGCUGAAGCUCUUCCUCGACCAGGUGCUUCUCACGCACGGCCUCUGCGUUCGCGGAAGCCUCAGGAGACACAUCCGCCUUCCUCUGGCUAUCAAUCACAGUCUGUGGAACAUCUCUCGAUUCGGUCUGACCUUGAAACUGAGUCAAGCCAGACGCGUCGUCUAUUGGAGCAGCGCCACCUGCCUUGCUCUGGCUGUCUGCUACGACUUGUGGCAAAGCUGAGCCUUGAGGCUCGAGCGGCACUUGACCCGCAAGCUGAUUGGUGGUGCUGGCCGCGCCAACUGAGCUGAUGUUUCGGUUCUCCACUUGGCCUUUGAUAUACUCGGUGCCAUCUUUGUGGAUCUGGUCGCUCUCUGAUCGGGGCUGUUGCCCAGGCAGUUGGUCUCGCAGGUAAUUUGCACCUUGUUGUACUUGAUCUUGCGCUGAACGAGCACCUGCCUGGGCUUGUUCGGUGAUACUGCGUUGAGAGUCGAUGCCUGGGAUCGUCUCUUUUACAGCCUGUGUGCUUGGCAUAGCAUUCGAGACAGAUUGCAGACCACGUUGAACAUCAGCCAGGUCUUCACGGUCCGAAGUGGCACUUUCAAAGGCGCCCGGAACGUGAAAAUCAUCGACAUGGGCCUUUUCACUUUCUGGGUGUGAAUCUGCCGCAUUCUGGUUGGCUGCACUACUGAAGCUGAGGGCAAGAUUGCUGAUGCCGGCCACCAGAGAACUAGCGCCUGCCUUUAAGACAUCUGCAGCAGAUUGGGCGGAAGGCAGUUGGUCCGUAACUGAACGUGUGGAUGGCAGCUGGUCCGUAACUGAACGUGUGGAAGGCAGCUGGUCUGUGACUGAACGUGUGGAUGGCAGUUGGUCGGUAACUGAGCGUGUGGAUGGCAGCUGGUCUGUGAUUGAACCUGUCGACGGCGUCUCUUGUGCAACAGAGUCCAGACUGUGCUUGACGGCGUCACUCAAGGACGUGUUGUUGGAGGUCGAAUCCGUCACCGAACGUGUGGAUGGUGUCUCUUGUGCAACAGAGUCCAAGCUAUUCUUGACAGAGCCACUCAAGGACUUGUCGUUGGUGGUUGAAUCGACGAAUGGAGCUGCGGACGGAUCUGGGGUUGAGAUGCCAGCUGGUAUGGCGUUGUCUGCUGGUGGUGGGUGUGUGCCAGCCAUGUGGGCGUCCUGGUUGCUUCCUGGCAAUUCUGUCGAGCUGAACUCGUGUGGCACAGACAUGGCGAGCUGGUGGAAGGUCCUCUGGACGUCUGGUAUGUGUUUGUACUUGUGCUGUGGGCCCUAGCUCUGGUUCUGGUUCUACUGUGUUCUGUGAGCCGGGGUGAGAGUCAAUGAGGUUGUUG